CCUCCUUCAGGACACUGGACAGCAAGCUUCGCAGACUGCAUCAUGGUCAACCUCUGCUGCCUUUGCUGCGGUGAAAUCCCUCAACCCCGCCCCCCUCCGUCCGGUCAGUCGGGACAACCGCGGGAUCCCCGCUCCGUGCAGCAGCAGCAGCCUGCUGGCUCCGGCCCAGACGGUGUGGGGCUGAAGGGAGGACAAAAAGGGGGAGCAAAGCAGGUGAAUAAAAAAAAAGAGUGAGUUUAUAAUCUCUCUCUGACAUGCGACAAGUGCAGCAUGCUCUCCUCCGAUCUGGACUCUGCCGAGGACACGGCGGUCAGGGCUCCCAAUGAUGCUGAGAGAGAGGAGCAGGAGGAAGAGGAGGAGGAGGACGAGGAGGAGGACUCACCUACUGAGAGUGAUGUGCCAGAGGAGCAGCGUCCAGUGAAGCAGUCCCUGGGUGCUUGUGUGUGCCGGGAGUCCCAUUGGCGCUGCCUGCUGCUCUCUCUGCUCAUGUACUGCUGCCUGGGUGCGGUGGCCUGGUGCCAGCUGACCCGGGUCACCAAGAUCAGCUUUAACUCGGCUCUCACCUCCUCCUUCACAGCCUCCAUCACCUCUUCCUUGCGGGGGGCCUCCGGAGUGGGCGCCGGAGGACACUCAAUGAUCUACCACGACAGCCCCUGCUCCGACGGCUACAUCUACAUCCCCCUGGCCUUCCUGCUCAUGCUCUACGUCUUAUACAUGGCGGAGUGCUGGCACUGCAGAGCCAGGAGCCAACUGCAGUGCAAAGCAGACGUGGACAGUGUAUAUGAGCGCGUGCUGAGGAUGCGACAGGCCCAGCCGUGCAUAUGGUGGAAGGCCAUCAGCUACCACUUUGUCCGACGGACCCGGCAAGUCACUCGGUACCGCAACGGGGAUGCCUACACCACCACGCAGGUGUACCACGAGAGAGUGAACACCCACGUGGCUGAGGGGGAGUUUGACUACAGCCACUGCGGGAUGAAAGACGUGUCACGUGACCUCAGAGGCUUGGAGGGGCAUCCUGCAACUCGCCUGCGCUUCACCAAAUGUUUCAGCUUCACCGAGGCCGGCCCAGAAAAUGACUACCUCAACCAGAGAGCCAGGUUCUUCUCUGAGAUCGAGGGUUUGGACGAUUACAUGGAGGCCAGGGAGGGGAUGCAGCUGAAGAAUGUGGACUUUAGAGAAAACCUAAUAGCCUAUGUAGACCCAGAUAGGAUGCCUUGGUACACUUCCCAGGUGGCCUUCUGGCUGGCAGCUCUGCUGAUGUUGUCCUGGCCUCUGAGAGUGCUGAUUGAGUACCGCACUGCUUAUGUGCAUUACCGCAUAGAGAAACUAUUUGGUUUAGAGUACAGCCACAGCAGCCCCUCACCUCUAGACGACAGGCCUCUGGGGACUCACACUGGUUGUGUUAUUCCAAGAGUAAACACACUGGACAGCACUGAGAUGGAGUGGCACAUACGCUGUAACCGCCAGCUGAUUCCCAGCUACUCCGAGGCCAUGCUGAUCAACAUGAGCACAGCGGACUCUAACUCAUUACAAGACACUGAAUGCACCUCGUCCUCACACUGCUUCCUCCUGGACAGCAGCCAGACUGCUCAGAGCUACGGUGCUCUCCAAAGCCAGGGCGGCAGCGAGCAGCGCAGCCCCGCAGCAGGAGAUGAUGGAGGAGGAGGAGGCGGGAGGAGGGUCGUCACCAGCUCCAGCUGCUCUUCCAUCUUCUCCUGCCGCGGGACGCUGUUCCACUCCCACCUCUCACCGGACACGUCCCGCUUCUCUCUCUGCCGCAUGUACGGCUCCCACCGCACCGUGGCGCUGUUUAGGAGCCGCAGCAGCAACCUGACGGACCCCUGCUGCGUGGACGAGCAGUGCUGCCGCUCCGCCUCCAGCCAGCUGGCGCUCAGUGAGAGUCCACCGACUUACACGGACGCCCGGUUCUUCCCAGUGCUCAUCGUGCAUCGGUCUGAGGGCUGUGGUGGCGAGGACGGGAGGGAAGUGAGGCGUUAUUAUAUACGGAGAGGGUCCUCCUGUGUGGAGACAGCUCUGUGAAGGACAUAAAGAGACCUUACUGAUGAGUCAAGAUUCAGAUCAGUAAUCAUGGAUGGUGUUGUAGGACUGGUCACUAUUUGCUGCUGUGACAUUAUUGAAGGUUUAUGGAGUAAAAAAGCAACUUGAAUACAGACUCAUUUUCAGACACAGAAAGCAGAAGGUCAGAGUCAUCAUACUGAAUUGCACAUCUCCAUAUUAUUACAGUUUAAAUUGUCUCUAUGAAAACACUCACUGAGGCAUUGUCACAGUGUGAAUAAUGACAAGAAUUUCUGAGAUCUGAUUAAAUGGUGCGUACAUGCCACUGAUGCAUCGACACGACACAGCCUCAGCGACCUACUAUUUUCAUCAAAGUUCAUAUUUUUCAGAAACCGAACUUCGACUGUUUUUACUUUGACCUUGUAUGUGUUAUUAUGUGUGUGCAGAGAAUGAACUGAAAGUGUUCGAAAGAAUAAUCCAGGAAAGCUGCAUGUUAUUACCAAAGGUAUCGUCUUUUAGUUGAUUCAUACAAGGUGAAACCAAAGAGUAUUCUGUUGAGUUUUUCCCCAAAAUGAUUUUAUUGAACGCUACACAGCAUCUAUUGACGAGGGAUAAGCUGAGUGGGGAACAUGCACUGAAUGUAAGAAAUGAAAGUAGUUCUGAGUUAUUGCAGUAUUUAAUAUAAGGCAGGAGACUUGUAGGGUUUAUGAAUGAGUUUAUUUUUUUUAACCCUGUCAGACUGAAAGUGGAAAUGCAUAAAAUAAUAAGGAGUAAUCUAACAAAAUGGGAUUGUUGUUUUUUUUCUGUCAAAUUAGUUGAUUAAAACUUGCAAUGAAUCGUAUCGCUGUGGCACAUUUGUACACUCCUUGUGUGUGUGUGUGGGUUUAUAUAGAAGUUAAGAAAGACGAGAGAAGAGAGAUCAGUUAAGUUUCUCUUGUGAUCAUGUUGAUCUGAGGUGACGAUGUCAGACACUCUCACACUCACAGCUCACUGGUACCUCUGCCGUCCACAAGUACAACUACAAGGGACGAGAUUCAGGAAUCACUGCAUUGCUGCUGCAAGACAGAGGGUGGUUGGUACAAAUAAAUAAACCAUUUAUGCAAGCAAACAUUUAAAUUAAGCAUGUUAUUUGAACUGGAGAGCAACUUCUGGGUAAAAUACAGAAGGUAGAUACGAAUCAGCAGAAGGAGAACAACAAUAUAGUGUUUUUGAAAUUGUUUGUACAGUUCUCUCAAGUUGCUCUUAUUCUGCGAUUAAUCAGGUGAAGGUGUGUGUCGUGAUACUCCAAGGACAGAUAGUUUUUCUUGUUAAAGAUUAUACAAUACAUAUGAACUUAACUUACAUUCGGAGACAAACCAGACAUGUUGCUGUUUUACAUAUCAAACCAUGAAACUGCUUUUUAAACUUGAACACCCAGUGUUAGAAAUGUCUGUUUACGAAUGCCAUUUAUGU